AUGCCCCCUUCCCCCCCGUUUUUGUUCGGAUAUUACAAACGGAGCCUCAUUCAUGGCUUUCACAUUAUUCAUUUUGAAUUCCCUGACGUAUUAUUUACGACGGUGGCGAUACGUUGCAUUCCCUUGCCUCCUUUGUGA